GCAGGGCAGCAAUUGCCGCCAGCUGGGCGGCAGCAGUGGUCGUAUGGCUGGGGUUGGGGCUCUGGCUACGCGGCCAAGGAAUGGACCUGCAGGGUGUGCAAGUCAAAAAACACGUCGAAGAAGUCCUGCGCCACCUGCGGCGUCAAGCGCUCAUGGAGCGACGUGGCGCAGGGCAAAAACUCGGGCAACGCGAACUCUUCGACCAAUACUCUCGACCAGGCUGCGGGGGGGACUCAGACGGAGUCAGGUGCAGCCUCGGCCAAUACCACUGGCCAGUCAACGCGGGACCAGUUGACUGCCAUCACGAACAAGCUCGCGGAGGCCACGACCGCGGUCUCCCAGCCCCCUCCUGCCCCGUCUGCUCCGGCCUCGGCAGUGGACGCCAAGGAGGUCCAGGCACAGAUCAAGAAGCUCGAGUCGUCCUUGGCAGAGGUCCCCGAGGGCGAGGACAGCAUCAAGGAGAUGUUGACCACCCGUAUCAACGAGAAGAAGCAGCUGCUGGCCGCGGGGCGCCCGGCAGGCGCCCGGCUCGACCAGGCGCGCGCUGCGCUGAUGAGAGCAAAGGGCCGGCAGAGCGACGCGCAGGCGGCCAUCGAGGCUGCCAGCGCCCUGAAGGUUGUCGCCGACUCGGAGGUGACCCAGUACGAGAAAGAGGUGGCCGAGCUCGAGGUUCAGCUGGUGCAGCCGGCUCCCGGAUCCCCGGAGCAGCCCAUGGAGCAGGUACAGCGACUGCUGUGCGGCAUGCUCGAGAGCCUUCGGGACGACCCCUUCGUACCGACAGAGCACGUGGAGUGCGCGACGAACCACGUCCAGGAGCUGAUCCACGGCCUCGAGAAGACGAUUGCCGAGGCGCUCCGGCAGCGGCGCAGCCAGGAAGAUGUGGCCCGCGGGGCGCCUUCCACGAGGCGCGAGGGGAAGCAACCCCUAGCUGCCCCGCCGGCCGUGGCGCGACUGCGCCACAACGGCAAGCAAUCCCCCCAAACGCUCAUCACCGACCACUUCAAGGGAGUGCGGAAGGCGAUCCUCGAGCCGAAGACCCAGGGCACGCCUCCGGCCCCCGACCUCCCAGAGUGCGUCGCGGCCGCCACCUUUCGCUCUGCCAGGGUGGGGGGGAUAACGCCUGCAGUGGCGCACAGUGUGGCUACCGCCAAUGUGCGUUCCCUGUGCCCGCACGAAGCCGACGCGGCUGACGUGCAGGUCAGUGGUAUUUUCUUACUUGGCAAAGUCACGGUUCUCGAGGAGCAGUUCGAGGUUGCUCAACUUGACGCCGUGGGGCUCCAAGAAGCACGUGCCUGGCGGAGCGAAAUCCGUGCGGGAUUACAUUGCGACCGAUAUGUUGGAGCUGCGGAUGCGCAGGGUUUGGCUGGCUGCGAAUUGUGGCUUCGCCGGGCUGCCCGAUUCAAACUCCAAGCCUAUGACGUGGUCUCCCCACGCCUCAUCUGUGCCGUGGUGACCAGGCCCACGAUGGGAACGUUCAUCUUGGUGUCGGGCCACGCUCCACACGGCCACCGCCCAGCCGAUGAGCGUGCGGAUUUCUGGGACGUGCUGCAGUCGAUCGUGACACAGCUGACCAAUAAGCACAGCUCGGCACGGCGAUGCGUUCUCCUGGAUGCGAACGCCCGCGUUGGAGCUGGUCCUCCUCAUGUGGGGUCGUGCGACGAAGCCGCCACGAAUGCCAAUGGGGCUGCGGUCGUCGGUUUUCUUACCGCCUGCCGGCUGCGGGCAGAGAACGCGUUCUUCCCCGUGGGCUACACGUGGCGGUCUGGGCACGGCCCUACUGCACGCGUCGAUUACGCGUGCUCGGACACCGACGGCGGUGCCGAGGUGAUGCGCGUCAAGGUGCCUGAUGGCGUCGACCUUUCGCUGGCGGCUGGCGAGGAUCAUCGCUGCGCGGCCGCCUGGUACCGCAGUGUUCCCCGCCCGUCGGCCGCGCCCUCGGCAGCGGAGUUCCGCAUCAACAAGUAG